GAUUUCCCCGGUAGUUUCACCGAUAGUGACGAUAGUAGGGUAGGCAGUGGUGGUAAUUCGUGUAUCUAUCCGGCCGGUUACAUACGGGAUACGAGCAUCUACGCGCCGAGCGUCACACGGUCGCUACCAUCAAUGGAGGGAACUUAUCGAUCGGAUCAUCUGAUCAACAUACCGACGUACAUCAUACGUGGUGCCGGCAAACAAACGCAUUACGAGUACGAGGUAAAGAUCAACUUACCGGAAGAACGGUGGACACUGUUGCGCCGUUACAGCCGUUUCCGAGAGCUGCACCUGGCGAUGAAGAAACAGUACGGUGAUAAGAUUGCUACAAUUCCUUUCCCACGGCGAGAGCUGUUCGCGUCUAAUACGGAAUCGGUGGCAAAGACGAGACGCCGCCAGCUAGAAACGUACCUGAGGCGUCUGUUGGUCGUUUGUGCCAAAAUCCCGCACUGCCCCAUCUACGAGGGUGAAGGGCGGCCCGGGCUGACAAAGCAAACGCUAAUCGAGUUCCAUUCCUUCUUCAAGAAGGGUCUGUUCGAAACCGGCAAGCAUGGUACGGGUUAGCGGUAGUGCGAACAUCGGAACCGCCGUUCGGGUGUGUAGCUAAGUGAUGUGAAAGAGACUUUUAGAUUUCUAGCAGGUAAUUGUUUCUAGUUCCUAAGUGAUCGUAAGCUCGUAGCUAGGAAACACAGGUGAACUAAUCCGUAAGAUGAGGUUUCUGUUUUCCCGUAACGAUCCGUUGGUUUCAUUCAUCGGGGAGAAGAUGACAGAUUCUCAUCAACAGUAGAUAGCCUUCGAUGAUGUGUGCUGAUGACGGGGCGUGAUGGAUGGAUGAGAGUUAGCCAUGGCUCCAGAAAGUAUAUUUUAUACCGUUUUUUUUUCAUUCUGGUUUCUAAAAUGUUUCAUGUGUGCAUAGUGGGUUUUCUGGCGGCCUUUAAUUGAUUCCUCGGUGUCUUGCCUGUUAGAUUCGGUGUAGUAUGGAUGGGGUGUGCACAGAUACCCAUAGCUCAAAGCAGAUUAAUGACAUACAGGCGAGUUACGCGGAGAAGGAAAGGAAAAGUGACAAUAACGUCGUACGCUGGCCUAGCAGUGAAGGUUCAAAACCGCCAAACAUAUAACCUUUCCCGUAGUCUCUUUCGACGCGUUUCACCGGCUUUAUCGGUUAACAGGAUAAAGUGCUUCUCGGUCGAAACAUGCGGUUGUGUCCAAUCCAGUCGAACCCCAAAAUUUCCCGUGCCUUUGAUCCCGUGCUUCUAUACCGUGCGUGCUAGAUAAAAGAAUUAUCCCGAUUCAGUGCUACCCGGCGCUCGCACACUUGCCACAAAUCUCGAUCCUCGGUUAUCGAAUUCAUUCAUUCGUGCAUUGUCUUACCCCUAUCAUUACUAUCAUAUCAACCUGGCGACUCCAGUACAGUACAAUCGCGUGCAAACAAACUGUGAUUUUCUUUCUUCCAACAUGUUAUCAAAAAAAAAAAAAAAACAGGCGAUCAGCUGUCGCUCACCGAGUUAGUAGAUCGAAU